AUGAAUGAUCACAAUUACAAGAACAACAACACUAAUAGCAUGUUGGGUUUAGCAUAUAGCAACAGAAGCCUCCAGCAAAUCUCUAAAGCAAAUUACUUUGACGAUCAUAUUACCCGGUCCUUAGGCCGGCAUUUGGAGACCAACCCACUUUCAGCAGGAAACAAGAUCACCACUAGCAAAUACACACUUAUAAACUUCCAACCCAGGAAUCUCUUCAUUCAGUUUCAUCAAGUGGCUUACAUAUACUUUUUAGCCGUUGCAACUCUCAAUCAGCUUCCUCCUCUUGUAGUCUUUGGAAGAAUAGUCUCUCUCUUCCCUUUCCUUUUUAUUCUCACAGUAACUGCUAUAAAAGAUGGAUACGAGGAUUGGAGAAGACACAGAUCAGACAGAAACGAGAACAACAAAGAAUCUCUUGUGACAAUCCCUUGUGACAUGGUGCUGAUGUGGAUAAGUGAUCCUAGUGGCCUUGCUUACAUACAAACCAUGAAUUUAGAUGGAGAUUCGAAUUUAAAGACACGUUAUGCUAGACAAGAAACAUCCUUAAUGCCAUUAGGGUCAAUAUCAGGGGUGAAAAACACAAAAUGGGUUAUAGGUGUUGUUGUGUAUGCUGGACAAGAGACAAAAGCUAUGCUAAAUAGUGCAAUUUCCCCUUCAAAAAGAAGCAGACUUGAACAAGCAAUGAACUCAGAAACUAUCUGGUUAUCUAUUUUUGUAUUCAUAUUGUGUCUUGUUGUUGCUAUUGGGAUGUGUUUAUGGCUGAUGAGUCAUCAUGAUGCAAUUGAUACGAUUCCUUAUUAUAGAAAGAGCUAUCUUAUAAAGGGAAAGUUUCCAGGAAAACCGUAUAAAUACUAUGGGAUUCCAAUGGAGACGUUUUUUGCGUUUUUGAGUUCUGUUAUUGUGUUUCAGAUCAUGAUUCCGAUAUCUUUCUACAUCACCAUGGAAUUGGUUCGAUUAGGUCAAUGUUAUUUCAUUAUAGAAGACAAACACAUGUAUGAUAGCAGUACAAACUCAAGGUUUCAAUGCAGAUCCUUAAGUAUAAAUGAAGAUUUAGGUCAAAUUUGUUAUGUGUUUUCUGAUAAAACUGGAACACUUAUUGAAAACAAAAUGGAAUUCAGAAAAGCUUCUAUUUUCGGGAAGCAUUAUCAUAAUCCACCAAUUAUGGAUAAAGAGAAUCCAGAAGCAGACAUGAAAGGAAAGAAGAUAAAAUAUGAUAUUACUGUGGAUCCUGAUCUCAUGGGGUUGAUUCAUAAAGGGCUAAAUGGGAAUGAAAGAAUUUCUGCUCAUGAGUUUUUUCUAACACUAGCAGCAUGUAACACUGUGAUUCCAAUUCUUAGUGAAAGACAUGCUACCCCUUACAAUUAA